CGCGCAGUCAGAGAGAAUGCAUCUUCAGAGCUCUCCCAGUGCGUUUCUCACGCCCUCGUAGAACUUCUCUGUUCCUUACUGACGAAGAGCCAGCAUGACAGAUGCAGGACCUGUCUGCGAUGGAACCGCCGUGGUGGAGAGCGCCAUGGGCAGCGCAUCGGACGGGCGGCGCCGAGUGUACCUGGCGGUGGCGGCCACCUACUUCGGCACCGCUUCUACGGGCCUCGCGUGCGGGUACUCUGCGCCCGCGUUACCGGACAUCCGGCGCACCAUGCACGUCAGCGAAGACGACGCGGCCUGGUUCGGCUCCCUAGUGCUCGCCGGAGGCAUCGUCGGCGGAGUAUUCUCAGGGCAGCUGCUGAGCCUCGUAGGCCGCAGGGGUGCCAUGGUGGUGGCGGCCACGUUGUUCACUGCCGGCUGGCUUUUCCUCGCCUUUGCCAAUUCCACGGCUCUCCUGUUCACCGGCCGCGUGCUCACAGGCGGAGGAAUGGCCGUCGCUUCAGCAGCGUCCGCAGUGUUUGUGGCAGAAGUGGCUCCCACCAGCCUGCGGGGAGCGCUGAACACCGGCUGCAACUUCAUGGUCGCUCUGGGAAUCCUCGUGGGCUACGCCCUUGGCAAGUGGCUCAACUACCAGUGGCUCGCCGCCGCCUGCCUCAUCCCAGCUGUCCUUAGCGGCGUCGCUUUUCUGCUCUACGUCAGAGAGUCGCCACUGUGGCUCCUGCAAAAGGGACGCCGCGAGGAGGCCAUGAAAAGCAUGCAGUUCUACCGGGGCGCGCACUUUGAAAACGAGUUCAAAGCCAUGGAAAGCAGCAUGACCGACGUAUCCGUGGGUCUCAGCCUCGGCGACAUUGCGCAACCUUACGUCUACAAGUCUUUCCUGUGCGCCCUUCUGACUCUAUUCAUGCAACAGGUGUCGGCCAUCAAUAUUCUGCUCUUCUUCGCUCAAGACAUAUUCCAGGAGGCCGGCGUCGCUAUGGCGCCCGACGAUUGCGCCAUCGUCGUGGGCGGAAUCCUCGCGGUGGUCUUCCUGGUCGCCACCCUGCUCGCGGACAAGGCGGGGCUCAAGCUGCUCUUCAUCGUUUCGACCGCACUGUCCGUGGCCAGCCUGGUAGCGCUGGGCCUGUGCUUCCACCUGAAAGAAGUGAACGGCCAAAGUUUUAUCGACGACUACGGCUGGCUUCCCCUGGCUUCCAUCGCACUCUUCUUUAUCGGCUACUCUCUCGGGCUCGGCCCCUUGCCCUUCGUGUUCGUGGGAGAAUUGAUACCGCUGAAGGCCAAGGGCGUGGCAACCGGUGCAUGCGUAGUCCUCUACUACGCGUUCGGCUUCAUCGUAACCAAGACGUAUACAGACUUGGUGCACUUGAUAGGCACUGCAGCCGCAUAUUGGUUCUAUGGCUCACUACUGGCGGUAACGCUCGUUCUCUUUGUAAUAUUUGUGCCUGACACGAAAGGGAAAACCCUCGAUGAAAUCGAACAAAUUUUCGGCAAGAAAGCUGUGCCCCCGCAGUUGUAUAACGUCGAUGAAAUCGUAACGUAUCAUCUCUAAGAGCCUGGAUCAGCAACUUUCUGCUUUACGCAUAUUCUGGACACCAAGCACCAUUCCUGACUAUAUAGUGGCAGGAAAUGGCAGCACUAUUUCCGCUCACAUAGCGACAUUGAAUUCGUACUACUUUAUUACCACAAAUAGAUGACCUGGAAGAUAGCGCGCCUCGGCAGAACUAGUCGGUGGUAACGGCUAUGGUGACGCAAUUUCUUUCUGGUUUAGGUUUGCUGCGCACGUUGAUACCGCGACGUAAUUACAACGGUAUUCGCGUUUUCGUAGGUAUUAUGAAUACGUGGCUUUGUCUACAGACAAGAUCCUAGAACAUAGACCCUGCGGUUCAUCGACGCACAAGGCGCUGUAGGCGCUACUUGCGUUUUAUUGCGAUAAAGUUUAUAUAAACACUAUAGCAUUGUGGACACUAGCAACUAUAUGGACGCACCGCCCCCGUCUGUCACCACCGUGCUUGCUGUUCUGGAUGCGACGGCGCAUGCACGGCGCGCAUGGCCCAGCCCCCGAGUCCGCUCUGUUCUCGUGGCCGAGCCAUAGGCCGAACGUAUACGCGGCCCGCGCGCUGCUUGUUUGAGGCGUAGAGGAAAUGGUUGGAGACCACGUGAUCUGUAGCGGGGCCUAGGCUUCUCUACCAACGCGUGGGGUGAGCAUGCCAGGGCAUACCCAGAAGGCUGGUUGUGCUGGUAGGGGCUGGUGGCUGGACGCGCCCCGUCCUACCGCGCGCACAAUGUUCGAGGUAUAUAAAACGAUCUGCAGAGAUCCCGAGGCUCGGUACACUUGAAACGGUCAACGGAGCAAUAGCAAGGAACGUUCGCUUUGGGAGAAGAACGCGCGUUCCCAGCUGUCGGCACUCCUCGUUACUCCGGCGCUGUGACCGCGAGGGUUCUCGGCAGUGCUGCCAACCUUAUUAAAAUUUCCUUAGAUCUAUUCAUUUUAGGCAGAGUUUAGGGAAAAUAGAGAAAUGUGUCCAAUUCUAGGGACAUUUUGCGCUAAGCCACUGAAACGAUGAAACUGCUGACUUCACGAUGCGUAUUGAUUUCAGUCACCACAAAUUACCAUUGCGUUGUUAGCACGCGAACUAUGUCGUUCGACUGUACAGCAGCGCAUUGAACGCAUCUUGCCCAGUGAAAGACAGGGUGUCGGUGCCCAAGACCCUUUGACCAAGUACUGCUACUGCGCUAUUGCCGUUAGUACCUCUAGCUGGGCUUUCGAUGUAUGUGCAGUUUGAAUUAGAUAUUUAUGUAUAAAUAGCGAAACAAACGUAGGCUGGAUUACCAAACAAAGCAGCGCGGGCAAAUCUGAACGAAAGAAGACACACAUACGAAGACACACUGGUAUGUCCUAGCGCCGAGCACGACAAUGCGGU